UCGGUCAUAUUCCAUUAGAUUUUUAAUCAGUCUCAACAUUGAAUUCAAGUCCAUCGGAUCUGUCUCAAAACUAAAUUCAGUUGACAAUUUUGUGUGCAAACUUAAUUGUAUCAAAAAUUUAAGGAAUUAAACUCUUUGACCUUUUAAGCGAAAAGUUUCGAAACAAUACAAGAUGUUGCAAUGCUGCUGCUUCAUGCGUCUCCAUACGGGUGGAAAGGUCCUUGGCUGGCUAGGAGUUGUUGGAGGAAUCCUUUCUUUCAUAAGCGUAAUUUACUUAAUGGCGAGUGGAACUAAAACGGCUGGUCAUUCAUUUGUUGCGACUGGAUGGUUUUUGAUGGUUGUAAUUUGUGCGAUUUUAAUUUGCUCGAUUCUUCUCAUUGUCGGCGCCAGUAAGAACCGUCCUGAAUUUCUGUUACCGUGGCUGAUCUCGAACGGAAUUUUUUUAGCCAUAUCUAUAAUUUCACUAUUCGUUAAAUUGUGUAUGGGUAUAAUUCCGGCCGAAUCCUUCUUUGGCUCUAUGCUAGGUUUAGCCCUGAAUAUUUACUUUUACUAUGGAAUACUCUCACUCUACAAACUUAUCAAGGAUACCGAUGGCCGAGCUGGACAUUUUCAAGCAUAAGGAUGUAGAAAUUAUUCAUGCAAAAUUUAAAAAAAAUUUU